AUGGUAGGGUGUGAAGCAAGGGGCCCCUCGUCCCUGACCAUCCUGGGAGAGGAUGGACAUGGUUCAUGUUCUUGUGCUGUCUGUAUGGAGAAGAGCGGCUGUAGUCCAUUUCCAGUGUGUUGGGCUAAAGAAUAUGACAGAUACCUAGCAUCUAGCAAAAGAAUGGCAGCUGCUUACCUUGACCCAAACUUGAAUCACACACCGAGUUCAAGUACCAAGACUCACCUGGGUACUGGUGUGGAGCGUUCUCCUGGGGCCAUGGAGCGAGUAUUAAAGGUCUUUCAUUAUUUUGAAAGCAACAGUGAGCCAACCACUUGGGCCAGUAUUAUCAGGCAUGGAGAUGCAACCGACGUCAGGGGCAUCAUUCAGAAGAUAGUGGACAGUCACAAAGUAAAGCACGUGGCCUGCUAUGGAUUUCGCCUGAGUCACCUGCGGUCAGAGGAGGUUCACUGGCUCCAUUUGGAUAUGGGUGUCUCCAAUGUGAGGGAGAAGUAUGAACUUGCCCACCCACCAGAGGAGUGGAAAUAUGAAUUGAGAAUUCGUUAUUUGCCAAAAGGAUUUCUAAACCAGUUUACUGAAGACAAGCCAACUUUGAAUUUCUUCUAUCAACAGGUGAAGAGCGAUUAUAUGUUAGAGAUCGCUGACCAAGUGGACCAGGACAUUGCACUUAAGUUGGGUUGUCUAGAAAUACGGCGAUCGUACUGGGAGAUGCGCGGCAACGCCCUGGAGAAGAAGUCUAACUACGAAGUGCUGGAGAAAGAUGUUGGUUUGAAGCGGUUUUUCCCUAGGAGUUUACUGGAUUCAGUCAAGGCCAAAACACUAAGAAAAUUGAUCCAACAAACAUUUAGACAGUUUGCCAACCUUAACAGAGAAGAAAGUAUUUUGAAGUUCUUUGAGAUCCUCUCCCCAGUGUACAGAUUUGAUAAAGAAUGCUUCAAGUGUGCCCUUGGUUCAAGCUGGAUUAUUUCAGUAGAGCUGGCGAUUGGCCCCGAGGAAGGAAUCAGUUACCUCACAGACAAAGGCUGCAAUCCCACGCACCUGGCCGACUUCAACCAAGUGCAGACCAUCCAGUACUCGAACAGUGAGGACAAGGACAGGAAAGGCACGCUGCAGCUGAAGAUCGCAGGGGCACCCGAGCCCCUGACGGUCACGGCCCCGUCCCUGACCAUCGCCGAGAACAUGGCCGACCUGAUCGACGGGUACUGCCGCCUGGUGCACGGGGCCACACAGUCCUUCAUCAUCCGGCCCCAGAAAGAAGGUGAGCGGGCUUUGCCAUCGAUACCAAAGCUGGCCAACAGUGAGAAGCAGGGCGUGCGCACCCAUGCGGUCUCCAUGUCAGGAGUCAGUCACUGCCAACCUAAGGUUAAGAAGGCUAGGCGCUUCCUCCCCUUGGUCUUCUGUGCCCACGAACCUCCUUCUGCGGAUGAAAUUAGUGGGGACGAAACGGAUGAUUAUGCUGAGAUCAUCGACGAAGAGGACACUUACACCAUGCCCUCCAAAAGCUAUGGAAUAGAUGAAGCCAGGGACUAUGAGAUUCAGAGAGAAAGAAUAGAACUCGGCCGGUGCAUCGGAGAGGGCCAGUUUGGAGACGUGCACCAGGGCACCUACACGAGCCCGGAGAAUCCAGCUUUGGCAGUUGCAAUUAAAACCUGUAAAAACUGUACUUCGGACAGCGUGAGAGAGAAAUUCCUUCAAGAAGCCUUAACGAUGCGUCAGUUUGACCACCCUCACAUUGUGAAGCUGAUCGGAGUCAUCACAGAGAACCCAGUCUGGAUCAUCAUGGAGCUGUGCACACUUGGAGAGCUGCGGUCGUUUCUGCAAGUAAGGAAAUACAGUUUGGAUCUAGCGUCUUUGAUCCUAUAUGCCUAUCAGCUUAGUACAGCCCUUGCAUAUCUGGAGAGUAAAAGAUUUGUACACAGGGACAUUGCUGCUCGUAACGUUCUGGUAUCCUCAAAUGAUUGCGUAAAAUUAGGAGACUUUGGAUUAUCCCGAUAUAUGGAAGAUAGUACUUACUACAAAGCUUCCAAAGGAAAAUUGCCUAUUAAAUGGAUGGCUCCUGAGUCAAUCAAUUUUCGACGUUUUACCUCAGCUAGUGACGUGUGGAUGUUUGGUGUGUGUAUGUGGGAAAUCCUGAUGCAUGGCGUGAAGCCCUUUCAAGGCGUGAAGAACAAUGACGUGAUCGGGCGCAUCGAGAAUGGGGAGAGGCUGCCCAUGCCUCCCAACUGCCCUCCCACCCUCUACAGCCUCAUGACCAAGUGCUGGGCAUACGACCCCAGCCGGCGGCCCCGUUUCACUGAGCUCAAGGCUCAGCUCAGCACAAUCCUGGAGGAAGAGAAGGUCCAGCAAGAAGAGCGCAUGAGGAUGGAGUCCAGAAGGCAGGUCACCGCAUCCUGGGACUCCGGAGGGUCCGAUGAAGCGCCGCCCAAGCCCAGCAGACCUGGUUAUCCCAGUCCGAGGUCCAGUGAAGGAUUUUAUCCCAGCCCACAGCACAUGGUACAGACCAAUCACUACCAGGUCUCUGGCUACCCUGGCCCGCAUGGAGUCACAGCCAUGGCUGGCAGCAUCUACCCAGGUCAGGCAUCUCUCUUGGACCAAACAGAUUCGUGGAAUCACAGACCACAGGAGAUACCCAUGUGGCAGCCCAGCAUGGAGGACUCAGCGGCACUGGACCUGCGUGGCCUCGGGCAGGCGCUGCCCACACACCUGAUGGAGGAGCGGCUGAUGCGGCAGCAGCAGGAGAUGGAGGAGGACCAGCGCUGGCUGGAGAAGGAGGAGAGGUUUCUGAAACCUGACGUGCGGCUCUCUCGAGGUAGCAUUGACAGAGAGGAUGGAGGUCCUCAGGGCCCGACUGGCAACCAGCACAUAUAUCAGCCUGUGGGCAAACCAGAUCCUGCAGCGCCACCAAAGAAGCCGCCGCGUCCUGGAGCCCCUGGGCACCUGGGCAGCCUGGCCAGCCUCGGCAGCCCCGGGGACAGUUACAACGAGGGCGUCAAGCUUCUGUAUUGGCAGCUUCAGCCCCAGGAGAUCAGCCCCCCUCCCACCGCCAACCUGGACCGGUCCAAUGACAGGGUGUACGAGAACGUGACGGGCCUGGUGAGAGCGGUCAUCGAGAUGUCCAGCAAGAUCCAGCCCGCCCCGCCAGAGGAGUAUGUCCCCAUGGUGAAGGAAGUCGGCCUGGCCCUGAGGACGCUGUUGGCCACGGUGGAUGAGACCAUCCCUGUCCUGCCUGCCAGCACCCACCGAGAGAUCGAGAUGGCCCAGAAGCUGCUGAACUCUGACCUGGGGGAGCUCAUCAACAAGAUGAAACUGGCCCAGCAGUACGUCAUGACCAGCCUGCAGCAGGAGUACAAGAAGCAGAUGCUGACGGCCGCACACGCGCUGGCCGUGGAUGCCAAGAACCUGCUCGACGUCAUUGACCAGGCCAGACUGAAGGGCCUGGGGCAGCCGAGGCCGCACUGA